CAACGUUCUGUUCAUCCCUCGUGUUAUAUAUAUAUGUAUAGAUAUAUAUAUACAUAUAUAUGUAUGUAUGUAUGUAUAUAUAUAUGUAUAUAGACCACGAGUAUAUUUUUAACGAGUGGCUGAGUAGUUUUAUUAAUUUGAAUAAUUGAAUAGUUAAGUGAGCUAGUGGAUGAAAUAGAACAAAAAUAGAGUUGGUUUAAAUAAUAACGAACAAGUGAGUAAAAGUGAAGUGUUUAUCUGAAUUGUUUAAUAUAAGUUUAUUAUAAUUUAAUAAACUAAAAAAUGAAUUAAUGUUUAUGUUAAUAUGGCUGCAAUGCAUUACAAUACGACAAUGGUAGCCGAGGAUAUUCAUUCACGUCAUCCAAGACAUACUUAUAGUUUAGAUGAAACUGGUGGUGCAUCACCUAGUUCGGAAGAAGCUAGAUCACCAGUUGCUGGAUCACCCGUUGGAUCCACCGUUGGCUAUACAAAUGCCAAUGAAUCAAGAAGAGAUUCUGAUACUGAUACAAUCAAUUCACGGUUGAUUAAUUAUGAUUCAUUCAAAUUUAAUGAUGAUAAUCAAAGAAAUUCCUUUCGGGAAGAACAUCCGGCUACGAAACGUUAUCGUGAAAAUCAAAGUGAUGAUAGAAUUUACGGAGAAACCGGAAUGUGUGCAUCACCUUCAGAUGACAAUGAAAGUCAUAAUGAACAACCUUCAUCGGGAAGACACCAACGAAGUACAACGGGAAAAACAUCCUUUUGCAUCGAUGCGCUUCUUGGAAGGGCGACAGGUAAUACUCAAAUACGGCAUUCAGAUGUCGAAACGUCAUUGAGACUUUCAACGUCUAGAAGAGAUUUGGAUGACGAUUCCGAAACUCGUGGAUCCGAAUCACUUUUACCACCACCUCCAAGAACAAGUUCCGGUUCUUUAGGCAACCCGCUGCAUCCAUUUGUGCCUCGAAUCGAACGGAACCCUGUAUUAUCGAGUCCAAUUACCAAUUCACGAAUGCUUCAAGCCAUCAGGGAAUCGAAUAGUAUGCGUUUAUCAUCAUCGUAUGACAGUUUUGCUGGUAACCCAGAAGACUUGGCAACAGAUGUGUCUCGUUAUGACAGAAAUAAUGAUGAUAAUCAGGAAGAUGAUGCGACUACUGACGUAGAUGUCGAGGAAAUGAGAGAUGAUGAUAACCAAAGAAGAACUAGUAGUGCUAGUCCUGGAAGUAAUGGAAGUCAUAGUCCUGCAUCAAGUCCGCCGAUUUCGCCAGGUUCAGAAGACCUGAUGUCCAAUCCGCUCAAUAAUUCGGGAAUAAGUAUUGUUGGCCAUCCAAACAAUCGAACAGAUAAUUUAUCUUGCGGGCCGUAUAGUCUAGGUGCUACAGGAGUCAAUGUAGCCGUCGCUAUGAGACAAAGCCAACAAGGUCUUUUAUUACAUUCAGGUAGUCCUCUGAUACAUCCCUCGGGACUUUACUACCAUCCGGCAGGGUCUACAAGUGCUUUUCACUCUAUACACAAAGACGCACAGUCUUUAGGUCAUACAAGGGCUGGAACCGCCGGCAGUGGAGCUGGGUCGACUGGUCCACCGCAUCCUUCACCGUCACAACAACAAUCACAUCAUAUUUAUCCAUUACAACUUGAGUGGCUUGCGAGAACUGGGAUGCUUUAUCCAAGACUACCCGCUGAUUUAGCUGGUUGUGCAGCUCAACAUGCACUUUUGGGUAAAACAAGACGACCCAGAACGGCAUUUACGUCACAGCAAUUACUCGAACUGGAAAAACAAUUUCGACAAAAUAAAUAUCUAAGCAGACCUAAAAGAUUUGAAGUUGCAACUUCGCUAAUGUUAACUGAAACUCAGGUAAAAAUUUGGUUUCAAAAUCGACGAAUGAAAUGGAAACGAAGCAAAAAAGCACAACAAGAAGCACGUACUGUAAAAUCCGAUGAUUCAGGGACAUCGUCAACAGCACCAGUAGCAACAACAACAACGACAACAACAACAACAACUGGGAGUGCCGGACGAACAAAUUCGUUAACGGAACGUGAAUCUGCAGGUAGCAGUAAUAUUAAUAGUGAAGUUGGUGCUACCUCGAGUGCCAGUUCAACUGCUUCAAAUUCAGCAGCAGUUAAUCCUGCCAUCGGAUCACAGUCUGAUGAAACUCGUGGUAAUUCACACGACAAUCAUCCAAGACUUCUUAGCGAGCUCCGUGAACCUCUUUACAGGCCUUACGUUGUUUGAAUCUUUUGAUUUGUUUUAUAAAAUUCGUAAUUAUAAUUUUACCUGUAAAUAUACUUAGUUCGUAGUUUGUCUGUCACUAGACGAAUUUAUAAUUUUAAAUAAUUAAGUUAGUAUCUGUAUUAUUUGUCACAAAUAAAUCAUUUUUCAAUGAUAAAUUAUUCAUUAUUUAAAGUAAUCAUCAAUUAUUUUAAAAAUACUAUUACAUAUUUAUAAACUAUAGAGUAAAAAAUAUCUUCAUUACAAACAUAAAAUUUUUCAUUUCUCAGAUCAUUCACACAAAUUUUUUUUCAAUCCAUCGCUUUAAUUUUGAUCAAUUUGUCUCUACUGAAAACAACAUAAUGAGAACUUUUGCUUUACGUACAAACAACCAAUUGAAAUUAGUUCGAUACCUUAUUUUAUCGAGUGUCCAAAUAAUUACUUAUUAUAAAUAUAUAUUAUUAUACAUACAUACUUAUACGUAUUUUGCUUAUGUAUUAUAAAAAUAUUUAAAAUAAAAAUUGUAAAUAAUAAUUGUGUAAUGUAAGAUAGAAACAAAUAUGAAAAUUGUGAUUAUUAUAAAAAAAAAUCUAAUAUAUUGCGACAAGU